UAGCGUAAAAUGAAACGAUAGACGUUUUUAUAUUGUCAUCCGAUAUAUAUCGUUAUAUCGAACAGCCCUACAAAGCACUAUGUCAGGUCUUUGAAAACUGUAAUGCCUUUUUCAACUAUCCAUUGGACUCAAAAUGCCUUGGAAUUUACUUUGUUUUAAAUCUGUCUAAACAAAUGCAUCUUGUAUUACUUGAUGAAUUAAAACAGAAAAUUGUGCUUUUGCCAUUGAAGUCUGGAUAUGUGGCAUUGCCACUGCUGUACUAGUUGGCUUCUUUUUGCUUUCUCCCCAGCAUGCUACCAUUUGCAGUUGUUGAUUUUCUGGAUGGUGGAGGUGUAUCCAUAAUUCCUUGCAAGUGGUUUACAGGACCAGUGGAAGAUUCUUGUUUCUGGCCACCAGGGAGAGUCAAUAUCAAUAAGGCUGUAAAGGAUGGAGUUACUCCAGAUGCAAACUGGUCACAGUACAGAGUUCGCAUCUUGGGGAAAGCUGAAAACUAUGAAAAUGCCAGGGUGAAACUGCGGAGGUCUGAAGCAACCUCUGAUCUGCAGACUGAGUCUGAUUCUGGAAGCAGAUUUGGAAAAGGGAAGCGGAAAAGGAGGCCAGUGAUUCAGUCAAGCUCAGAUGAGGAUUGGGACAAUGCUGCGGAACAGCCAGAGAACUCAUCACCAUCAGCAAUGGAGAAUAGACAUUCAAGUGAAACUCCCCACCAGAACAUCACUCAUCCAUUUGUUCAGCUACCACCACCCUCAACUCCUUCACAAGCUGUUCCAAGACAACUUGUACAAGCCACCAAUACCAGCAUGUUUGUACGUGUUCUAACCCUCCUGGAAGACAUUAAGGAGACUCAGAGGAUCCACAGUCGAAUGCUACAGUCUCUCCUCAAACAACGUGAUGGACCAGUUGCUGCAGUAUUACCCGAGGGUGCUGGUUUUCCUCUCCGGACAGUCGCAGACGUGGAAGCACUGGAGCAAAAACUGAUAGACCCUGUCUUCCUGAAAGAAGUGGUUGCUGUUGUGGCAGAGAUCGGAGGGAGCACUGUUGAUGAAGCCACCAGAAGAAUGAUGGCCUUCAUUAUGGACAAUGCUCUUUCCAGGCAAUAUAACUUCGUUGGGCGCCAUGGAAAGCGGGAAUUUCGAGGGCUUAAAAUUUUUGAAGUGCUAUAUGCAUACUUGAAGACGUAGGAGGUCAAACAACCUGACCAGCCCCACCUUCAAAACAACUCCAGUAGUAUUUCAAAUCUGAUGUUAUUUGUGAAGAAAUGCACUUUUUUUCAAGACCAAUGGAUCGGUGAAUGAGUGAGAAGCUGUGUUUCAGUGCAUUUCGUUUUCUUUUAAACUGUAUAACAUUGAUUUGUUAUUGUUUUGUGUAUACUAGGGACCUUUUUUGUCAACAUGUUCUGUAAACAAAAUU